AUGCAGAUCACCAGCACCCUCAUGACCCUCGCCAUCCUGGCCGUAGGGAUCAACGCCGCCCCCGCACCCCUGAACAUCAACCUCGGCGCAUACUCCCCUGCGUUGGUAGUCGGUGAUGGUGCGCUCACAUUCGGAGGCGAGGCGGAGGCUGGAAAGGGUAAGGGAGGCGCCGCCGCAGGCGAAGGCGCAGCAGCCGCUGCCGCUGCCGCUGCCGGCAUUGGCGCCCCCGGAGCCGCUCAACAAGGCAUCGUUGCAGGCCGAGAUAUUACAAAGAGGGUGGAGAAGCGCCAGAGCGGCUUCGAUCGUGCCCUCACGUUUGCCGAGGCCGCGCUCACAAAGGGUCCCAAGAUCCAACUCGGAAACGGCGAGGGCGGUGCCGGCGUCGGUAUCAUCGUUGACAACAAUCCUACCGCUGCUGCUCAACCGAACCGUGCCGGUAAGGCUGAGAGGAGGAGAUAG